CAAGCUUCACAUAAACAGGAAAGAUCAGAUCACAUCUGUGCAUUGGAGCAGCAACUGAAGAUCUGGAAACAAAGACAGACUGAGAAAAAAUGGUGCAGCUUUUACCUUCCAGCAGUAUCAGAGUGGAAAUUUCCCUCAGGUAAAAAUGGCAACAUCACCAGUUCUUUUUUGGGAAAGAAGUCUUUAAUUAUGCAAUAGUCAUCACAACUGAAAAUGAUCAGCGAUGGAGGUUUUCUGUGAACCAAAAGGAUUCAUAAUCUAAAUUUGGAUGAAACUGAUUUUUCUGCCGAUAAUCUUGAAGAACUGAUGAACGAAAUGGAGAAUUUGGUGAAAGAGAACAAAAGGCGACAUUUAACCUUUGCUGAAGACAUGGAUCCUAUGGAUCGUCCUCGAUCUGUAAAACCUCAACUGAAUCUGGUCUUAUGUGGAAGACAUGCAGUCAAGAAAGCUUCAGUAGCUCGCACCAUCCUGGGAGAAAAUUAUUCUGGUGGUUCAGAGAUGAUUAGAAAUCAGGGAACUGCCUGUGGGUAUCCGGUGUCCAUAAUGGAGCUGCCUGCUCUGUAUGGAAGACCAAAGGAAGCAGCGAAGAAAGAAUGCUUCCAGUGUGUUUCUCUUUGUGACCCUGACGGCGUCCACGCCUUCAUUUUGGUCGUCCCAUUGCACUGUUCGACUGAGGAAGAUAAGAAGGAGCUGGAAACCAUCCAGGAAAUCUUCAGUUUAGGAAUCAAUGAUUUCACCAUGAUUCUUUUUACCAUGGAGGCAACUGACACACAUUCUGCAGCGCUGAGGUUUAUGAGGGAAAAUAAAGAUAUUCAAGAUCUCUGUCAGAAAUGUAGGGAACGAUAUAUAGUCUUCUACACCAAGAAUCAGAUCUCUGAAGUGCUGCUAUGUGUCCAAACAAUGACAAGAUUAGGAACAAGAAGUUUUACUAAAAAGAUGUUUCCCAAGCCUGCUGUAGUGCAAAGGAGAACAACAUUCAACUCUGGGACCAAUUUCAACAAGCACAGACCGAAUCCACAGAAGAUGCAGAGGACGCAGCAUCCAUUCAGGGUCCAGGUUCUACCAAAAGACUCUGGAUCAGGGAUGAUACAGAACCUAACCAUAAACCAAAAUCUAUCCACGCCGCAGAGUAAAGAGCCUCUCCGUAUGGUGAUGAUUGGGAAGACCGGUUGUGGUAAAAGUGCCACUGGAAACACCAUCCUGGGCAGGAAAUGCUUUUCAUCAAAGGUUUCUCAAAAAUCAGUGACAAAACAUUGUCAGAAAGAGACAGGAGAGGUCAAUGGUCGUCCUAUUGCAGUGGUGGACACACCAGGACUGUUUGACACGUCUCUGUCUAAUGACCAAGUUAAACAAGAGCUGAUAAAAUGCAUCAGCUUGUCGGCCCCCGGACCUCAUGUCUUCUUACUCGUCCUGCAGAUCGGACGCUUUACGCAGGAAGAAAAAGAAACUGUGGAACUGCUCAAGGAUUUCUUCGGAGAGAAGUCAGUGAACUUCAUCAUCGUUGUGUUCACCAGAGGAGACGAACUUAGAGAUCAGACAUUUGACAGUUACUUAAACGAAAGCAGGGAAUUUGUCAAAAGGCUGAUCACUGAUUGUGGGGAUAGAUAUCAAGUCUUUAACAACAAUGACCAAGAGAAUCAACUUCAAGCCACAGAGCUCCUAGACAAAGUGGAGGCAAUGCUAAGGGAAAAUGGUGGUAGCUACUACAGUUCACAUCUCUUCAAAGAGGCAGAAGAAGCCAUACAAAAAGAAACCAAGAAGAUACUGACAGAAAAAGACACAGAGCUACAGAAAAAGAAGGAAGACUUAAAAAAAGAAAUUGAAGACAACAUUCAAAAGAAAAGAAAGAAGGAAGUCACAAAAGCAAAACAACUGGCGAAGUCUGAACAAGGAUCAGAAGAGAGCGCCCAAAGAGUCAAGGAGACAGAGGAGAAUUUUAUGAGGGAGGAAAAGAAGAUGAAGAUGGACAGAAGAAAAAGAGAAGAGGAAGAAGAGGUGAAGAAAAAGGAAGAUGAGAUGCAAGAACAUGAGUUUGAACAAAAAUAUGAAAACCUACAGAAGAAACAGCGACUGAGCAAAGUAUUUGGAGAGAGGGCUAUAUUAGCACAAAGCAGAGAAGACAUGACAAAAGAAAGAGAAGCUUGGGAACAAGAAAAGAGGGAAUGGUGGGAGAACAGACAUCGUGAGGACAUACAGAGACAAGAAGAUGAGCAGAAACGACUCCAAAAGCUAAGAGAAGAAUAUGAAGAGGAAAAGCGUAUUUAUGAAAUAAAAAGGACAGAAGAAGAACAAAUCCGGAGGGAACAAGAGGAAAGCGAAUGGAGAGAAGCAAGAGAAAUGUUUCGCAAGCAAAUGGAGGAAUUAGAGAGGAGAAGUUAUGAGGAUGCUAGAAAACAAGCAGAACAAUGCAAUGAUUUCAGGAACAAGUAUGCCUGCGAUGUCUCGGCUGAGAUGGAAAAAAUUGAGAAAGAAAUAAAAGACUUGAAGCAGAAGGAACAGAAACAAAAUGAACAAAUUAUGAAGCAGCUGACUACAAAGAAAGCUCACCAGAAAAGUUUCGACAAGCUGUUGAGAAAACACGAUGAAGAAAUAAACCAGUUGAAAUCAUCGCUUUGUUUCCACAGUGAGACAUAUAUCCAAAAUAGAAUAAGUGAGCUGAAGGAGACCCAUCAGGAGGAAAUCAACGAGUGGAUGCAGGAACAAGUGAAAAAGGCUGCAGAGAAAAGAAUUUGUAGCAUUUCAUGAGAUUAUUUCUCCCUGAGAGCAAAACCAGAAUACUGCGUCCUCAAGACAUGGAAAAUGUUGCUUUUUACUCAUUUAUACAUAAAUGCUUUCAUUUCACUUGACAUGCAAAAUGUAUAACAGCUUUAAAUUAAAAUAUUAGGAUUAUGGGAUCUUAAUCACACAUAUUCAAUGUAGAUUUUAACGGAUAUUGUGAAGAUUUGAAUAUGAGUGAUAUUUUAUAUCAUGUAUAAUCAUGUUUGCAACGUAUCAAUAUGAGAUGAUCUAAGAAUAAAAAAAUAAUGUGUGUUAUGCAGAAGAUUAUGUGACUAACGGUACAAUUGGUGAAAUUUUAACUGUUUGUUAAAUUGGUUGCAAACAAUCACAGAAGACCUUUGUAUAAACGUUCAUGCUGAAAGAGGUAAAGAAAGUUUAUGACUUUGUUAGAACAUGUUACUGAAUGUGUUUUUGCUCUCACUCCUUCGAAACAACACAGGUAGAAUUUCUCAGAAUCUUUGACUUGAAACACUGAGCGUCCAGUUUGACUGGUUUGUCAGAAGGAUUUCCUGGUAAAGCCGGCAGAUCCGAUUACGACAUGCAACGUUUGUGUAACGAACAUUUUACAGCAUAUUCUGGUGGAUUUAUUAAUGGGGCUGAUUCUCAACACAAAGGAAGGAAGUGUAAUGGAUGAGGUCGUUCCACCUCAUGUACAAAACUAUGAAAUUAUGUUGGUGCUUGAAUAACUUGCAUGUUUUCUGGGUGUUUUGCUGUGUGAAUAAAGAGAAAAUGUCAAAACAAAAUAAGGAAACCAUGACGUCUUAUUGUAUUACCCACAGAAACAGUGGUGCCAGCUCUCUUCAGGUUAUUGACCAGCUUUUUGACUGAUUGGCAGAUGUUCAAAUACUUAUUUGCAGCAGUAACGUACAAAUAAAUUAUUUUUUAAAAACCA